AUGCCAAUAAAGUGUGAUAAAGGUACCAAUCAUAUAACCCGAGAAAAAUUCUCAGCUUUAAAUACUCCCGUAAUUAAAACUGUUGUAAGGAGAAUGAAAGAAGUCAAACUAAGUAUAGAUAUAAGAGGAAUGCUCCAAGCAUGCCUGACUUUUAAGUCCACUGAUAAAAUCCUGAAAUACAAUACAUCAAAUUGCUAUGCAGAUAUACUAUCACAUCUAUUUGACAAUAAUAUAAAAAUAGACAGUGAAAACAGCAAUCUGAAGAAUAAUGUCCUAGCUAUCAUUAGAAACCGAACCUACCAGCACAUUAUGGUUAAUCAAAACGCACGAGAAAUUAUGUCUAAACUGCACACAGCACUGAAGGCAGGAGAUAAAGAUAUAGCUCGAUCCGAAUGCAUCUCUCUAGCCAAUGAACUUGUAAAGCCAAACACUCUCAUAUAUAGCCCAGAGUACGGGAUACACAGACAGCCUGGCAAGAAUGGAGUGCUAGAAAACAUAGCCCAGGCUGAUGGUAUUAACGACCUAAGCUCUAGAACAUACACGCUGCAGAUUGACGACACAAAAUCCUCAGGCUUGGAAGGCUUAGUUGAGUCUACCAAAGAGAAUAUGGAUGAAGAUUUUCUCUCCCACACCAUCGACUUAAUAGAACUAAAGAAAGAAGACACAAAUAUUUUAAAAAAAUAUGCACAAACACAAGAAAAAUACAAUUUAGAAGAGCUGUAUAACUCAGAAGACAAUAAUACAGCCCUAGUGGAUAGUGGACUGUCCUUUAUUUCUGAAAAAUAUGCUGAUAUUAUAGACCUUAUUGAGAAACUUAAACACAUGGAGACUGUUCCCAGCACUAGGCCAGAGGUAAUUAGAGAAUUUAAAAAAGUGUUUACUACAGAAGAGGACCUAAAAAUAUUUUUCUCUAUCGUUGAUAACAUACAAGAAAUCAAAAUCGAAAAAACAUCGUACAGAAGCAUGAUUAGUAACAUAAAAUACAUAGGACAUAAAACUGAACUCCUGGGCGCAGCAAACGAGCCAAAAGUGCUGAAGAUAAAUAGCAAUUUAAGCAACUUUGAUAAAGACUAUAUAAGCAGAAGCGGGGGCUUAAAGCAGAAAGUGUACCAGGAAAUUGCCCGAAUAGAUGCAGAAAUAAGCAGUCAGGAGAGCGCGCGAGCCCAGAUAAUAGGAGAGGAGAAAAGCGAUGAAGAGGCUGAGAAGCUCAAACCUUCCAUCAACAACAUAGAAAAUGAAAUAUGCUCGCUGCAGUACGAUAGAAAAAAAGAGGAGCUACAAAUUAGUAACAUUCGUGAAAACCUGUACAAUUUGCGCUAUACAACCCCUGCUCAGAGAAAUUACAUGCUUGAAAAGCUAAAAGACUUUGGAAACAAGUGGGGCAUGCAUGUAGAAGUAGAACAGGUAGCAGAGGAAAGCAAGCUAACAAAAACAAAAAAUAUUUUAAUAUACAUAGGAAUGGGCAUUUUUCUUACACUCUCAAUAUUAUUUGUUGUCCGUUCAAGAGGCGAAAUAAAUCUUGCAAGCAACAACUAG